CUAUAGCACUCGUAAGUCACAACUCGUAACUGGAAGCGGUCCUCUGUGCCUUAGACUCAGCUGCAGUCACGGUUUCUCCCCUGUCCAGCCGUGGCGCUGUGGCGACAUCCUCAAUGUCACAGGCUCAUGUUCGUCCUCUACUAGUCCUGGCAACAGCGCACUCUAAAUCCACUCGUAUCAUCAGCAAGGAGAGAAAAUGGAGGAUAGGUUGUUGCGAUGAGACGGCGUUGCAAACUUAGCUAGCCACCACAUUCAUGAGCUUUCAUUGUGAUGUGUAUGGAUCAGGAGCCACUGUGAUCCUGCACUGUAUCCAGUUCUGCAGAACCUGAGUCACUCAAACAGAUAUUCUGUUUGAAAAGUAGUGAGUGACUCCAUCUGCUAUGGAGGAGAGUGUGAGCCCUGAGCUAACUCAAGCCCCAGAGCCUGAGUCAAGCCAGGCUCCUUUGGAUACCAGCUCACAAGCAGUUCCAGAAGAAGAAAAAGAUGGCAAAGACCAAGGUGACGCAGCCCAAGAAGACACAGUAGAAGACCAAGCGGAAGACACAGAGAAACCUGCCAAGACCUCGGGUGAGUUCAAGAAGACCUGGGGCUUCCGUCGGACCACCAUUGCGAAGAGGGACAUGCCUGGGGAGACUGCAGCAGAAAGCCCCGAGGGUCGGAGCACGCCCGUGCGGCGAAGUGGCCGGCAGGCCAAACGCACUGACAAGCUCGAGGAGUUCCUGGUCACAGUGAAGCGAGGAAGAGGAGCAGGGAGGCGGAGCGCACCCACCCAGCUAGAGGGUAGUGACCCUCCAUCCCAGACUCUGACGGACGUCGAGACAGCCUCAGAGGCCAGCUUUGACGGAAACGCGGAGGUAAAAAUGGCAGAGAGCAAGGCGGCUUCCCCGGUGAGGAAGACCAGGGGCAGGGCUCGCAGGAGGGUGCGAGCCAGACCCAAAGGAGGCGCCGUCGGGUCGGUCAGCGAGGAUGGUUGCAGCUCUGAAAACGAAGAGGAGGCUGGCGGAGAUACUGUGAAGCAGAGUCGAGAAGAAGCAAUGAUGGUUGACACGGAGGAUUGCAAAGCAGAGGAACCUGGGAGAGAACCAAAACAAGAACAGGAUGUUGUGCAGCAUGAAGAUGAAGAAGAGAAGAGUGAGAAGGACGGCAAAGAGAUGGUGGCAGAGGAACCUGCAAACAAGCGGCACUCCAGAAGUCCUGCUAAAGCAGCUGGAAAGGAUGCCGCCCUUGGCAAGAGGGACGCCAAACCUAAAGCGCUCCAGAAGUCACGCAAGGAGGAAGAGGAUGACGAUGACGACUCGUCGUCGUCUUCGUCAUCCAGUGAGUCUGACAAUGAUGGUUAUGACCCAAAUGCACUGUACUGCAUCUGCAGACAGAAGCACAACAAACGGUUCAUGAUCUGCUGUGACCGUUGUGAGGAGUGGUUCCACGGCGACUGUGUGGGCAUCACGGAGGCCCGCGGCCGCUUGAUGGAGCGUAACAGUGAGGACUAUGUGUGUCCCAACUGCACAGGCAGGAAGGCGCAAACCACCAAGCCCUCCGCCUCAGCGGGGUCUGAGAACGGCAAGCGGCCCACACCUGCAGCUCGGAAGGCAGACGCCAGCCCGGCAACGGCCGGCCAGCCUGCCACGCCCGCAGCCACGUCUGCGACCGCUCCUGCUGCAGAAGACAAGGCAGGGGAGGAGCUGGGCAUCAAGGGAAGGAUAGAGAAGGCCACUAACCCAAGCGGCAAAAAGAAAAUAAAGAUAUUCCAGCCGCAGGCGACAGCUGCAGCUGCGGAGGGGUCGUCUCUCCCCAAGUGUAUUGGCCCCGGCUGCGAGAGGGACGCUCUGCCUGACUCCGUCUACUGUGGCAACGACUGCAUCCUCAGACAUGCAGCUGCUGCCAUGAAGACCAUCACGACUGACAGCAAGGAGACCAAACCCAAGGAGAAGGCAAAGCCCAAAGUCCAGAAAAAGACUGCCAGCAAAUCCGCACUCAAGAGGAGUCCAGGCGCUGAGCGUAGAAGCAGCCGGAGGUCCGCGGAGUCCCCCAGCAAAGCAGAAGAGUCGUCAUCGGAGUCAGAGAACCGCGAAGACGAGGAGGAUGAGGAUGAUGAAGAUAAACUAGCCGAGGAGCAUCCACCACCCCCAGCCAUGUCGUCCUGGUCCAGCGACCAUAAUUACAUUGCAGUAACGCCAGAAAAGACUACACCCAUAUCACCAUCUGUGUUAAACAAAGCGUCUACCCAGAAGGAGAAAGAGAAGGAUGAUGAACAGAAGGACCAAGCAGAGCCAGAGAAGAAAGAUCCAACUCCUAUAGAGAAGAAGCCCCUAGCCACAACAGUAGCAUCCCCCAAAGGGAGCAAGAAGCCCCUGGCUUUAAAGGCUUCCAAGUCAGCUCCUGCCCCCACACCCAAGGGCAAAGUGGGUAACACCAGCACUAAUGCCAAAGACUUGAAAAAGCCACCCCCGCCACAGAGCAAAACUCUUAAAUCCAAGAAACCAGGACCUCCCCCUCCCCCUAUCCCUAUCUUCUCCUCCUCUGGACCUCCUGGAUCUCGGCUCCAUGCCACUGGAGCUUUGAGCGUGGGCAAGAGCACUUUUACCAUCCCCAAAAAGCAGCCCCAGGCUGGGCCGAAGGAGCCUGCAGCCUCCGGCCCCUUUCCUGCGUCCCGAACCACGCCCUUGGCUACACCGUCUACGCCCCAGCCCACCAGCUCCAAGCCAGCACAACAAGCCCCUGUUCCCCCUCCUCAGCCACCUCCCAACAACCAGAUGAGAUCUAAUAUUCGCCGCUCGCUCACUGACAUUCUCUUCAAAAGGGUGAGCGACAGUGAUGAUCUCUCCAUGUCUGAGAGUGAGGUUAGCAAACUGGCGGUCAGCAUUGAGAAGGAGAUGUUCAACCUCUAUAUGAACACAGACAGCAAAUACAAGAACAAAUACAGAUCCCUCAUGUUCAACCUGAAAGACCCUAAGAAUAAGGGCUUGUUCUAUCGUGUGAUUGGAGCAGAAGUCAGUCCAUUUCGACUGGUGAGGCUCAGCCCUGAAGAGUUGCUCUCGAAAGAGAUUUCUGAUUGGAGGAAAGCAGAUAUUUCAGAGGGUGUGGAUGCUAGUGGAAGAUCCCAGACAGGGCAGCCCAAAGCUGGAUCCAGGCAGGAGGGCCCUCCCCCUGAUGUGGACAUGGAAGAAGCUCCUUCCACAUCUGAUGGAGAUGUAUGUAUUCCUGCUACUUCUCAGUCUCCACGCUUGGCUUCUGCACCAGAUCACCAUGAGCUCCGUCCUCUUACUUCAUCGCAGGGCUCUGGCUCAGCUGGGAAGAGCAACACUGUACCGGACAUCUUAAGUAACAUGCUAAAAGACACUACAGCGGAACACAGGGCUCACCUGUUUGACCUGAACUGCAAGAUCUGCACAGGUCAGAGGUCGGCUGAAGAUGAACCAGUGUCCAAAAAGCCCAAAAUGUCUGUUCCAAAAAAGCAAGACUUUUCAGAAAAGCCCAAAAUAGAGCAGCGGCCUUCCAAGGUGCCUGCAGCAGACGUGCCCUCAGCUGCUUGCGCUGAGACACCUGUGCCUUACCCGCCGAGUGCCAGGGAAGAGCCAGGCAGCGUGCUGCCUGUGGCUCAGGCCCCUGCAGCCAUUCCUGCAGUCUCCUCCGUCACUAUAACCCGACGGGACCCGAGGACUGCCAGCCACCGCACCUCUGUGCCCCUCUUGCAGACUGGUCCCGAUGUCGGCGUGCCCGCUGGUCCAGUGGUCUGCAUGCCUGCUGGUUCCCCCGUGGCCACCGAACCCCCCGUGGCGGAGGUGAAGGGUCCACUGGCCAUGCCACCUCCAGUGCCAGGAUCUCUACCCAGAGCCGUGACGCAAAAACCAGACACGCGGCACUACGGUGCCGGCACGUCCAGCAUGCCUGACCCCACUCCUGAAGGAGAGACGGCCCUGUUCCUGUCAGGACAGGAAAUGAUGUGGAAGGGCUUUGUCAACAUGCACACUGUUGCCAAGUUUGUCACAAAGGCUUACCUGGUCUCAGGAUCCUUUGAGCAUCUCAAGGAGGACUUGCCCGAUACCAUUCACAUUGGGGGUAGAAUAUCACCUCACACAGUUUGGGACUACGUAGGCAAAUUAAAGACUUCACUAUCGAAAGAGCUGUGUCUUAUUCGUUUCCAUCCAGCAACCGAGGAGGAGGAAGUCGCCUAUGUGUCCCUGUUUUCUUAUUUCAGCAGUCGCAAGCGGUUUGGUGUGGUGGCCAACAGCAACAAACGCAUCAAGGACCUCUACCUCAUCCCACUGAGCUCUAAGGACCCACUUCCUGCUAAACUCUUACCCUUUGAUGGGCCAGGGCUAGAGCCAGCUCGUCCCAAUCUCCUCCUUGGCCUGCUCAUCUGUCAGAAAGACAAGAAACGUCCUGGAGCACCUUUGGAGAGUGAGGAAAAACGGUCCAAAACCCAACGAGAUGAGGAGACUGGACUCCCAAAACCAAUCGUUCUUAGUAAAACUGAGAAAGCUAUGCGAACCAGUUUGGAGUCAAUGAGCACAACUCCUCCAGGAACUCCUCCUCCUAUCAGCAGCUCGGAGUCUUCAUUAGGUCCCCUUGCAACAUCAUCUGUGCUUUCCAUCUUGUCUUCUGUCAAGGCUCCUGGUGUCACAAACAGCACAGGCAGUAAUUCUCCAUCUGCUACCACCCCAGCAGUACUUGGCCCAUCUGCCACUCCUCUUCAGACUAUACUGAAGACCCUGUUUGGUAAGAAGAAGCAAGAUUCUGAAGCUUCUCAGUCACCUUCAGAACAGAGCUCAGCAGAUGUUUCUGUUCCUCUGUUGGAUCCAAUAGUACAGCAGUUUGGCAUUACAAAAGGUAGAAAAGUAGAUGAAGAGGAUGAUAGACCCUAUGACCCUGAGGAGGAAUAUGAUCCCAGUGUUGCCUACAGUACAGAAAAAAACAGUGAUCCCAUGGUACCUGCAACCAUGAAACAAACUGAUGUCAUCAUGUCUAGUGCGGUGGAUGAUGUUGCUUAUGACCCUGAAGAUGACUCAAUUUUUGAGGCGGUUAAGGUUGAACCAGGUUCUAAGAAACAACUAGAUGAGCAGGAGGAACCAGAGCACCAGCAGCUACCUGAUGUGUUAAUUUCUCAGCCCAGUAAAUCUCUCCUAGCCAACAGUCAGUUGCUUCAGCUUGGUAAAAAAGUGGAGGAGUUAGUUGUCAAAAGCUCAGCUACCCCAGUUAUUAAUCAGAGAAGGGAUCCAAGGCAGAGUAGGGAUCCGAGACAGGCAUCUGCCAGUCGGAGGUUAACCACUGAUUCUGCAGAGAAGGAAGAGUCCCUUGCUGUAUCUGCUGCUGUUAGUACUACUACUGCCACUACUACUGCUGCCACUGUUACUACUACAAUAACAGAAAAAACACCACUCGAGCUUGCUACAAUUUUAGACACAUUAGCGACUCAGCAAACUAAAGUCACAGAUGCUCCUAUGCAGCACACUUCAACUGUGGACACUACAGCAGAAUCCAGUGAAACUACAGAUACUUCACUGACACACAGUGAUGCCAGCAUGGACCCUCAACCGUUGCUUCCGUCUUUUACUCAACCAGAGGCAUCAAAGUCAGUAGAGAAAGCAAAAGAUGAAGAGGUACCUUUUCUAGACACAGAAAGCACAGAAGUAUCCAUUCCACUUUUAGGGGAGACAAUAGACCCUGAAUUAGUAGAAAGCUAUGUAGAUACAGACCCUAAAGGAAAGCCCAAAGAAAAAGAUACACCCAUUGAAUUAGAAAGCAAAAGUUUUGAAGAGAUUUGGCCUAAUUCUGCCAGCAUUUUAAAAUCAGAACCCAUCCCCUCUGUUGAAGAGCCUGCAGAAGCUACUCCAACAACAUAUUACAACAUCUCAACAAUCAGCACCCCUUUAACAUCUAUUGGACUGUCACAGGAUGUCACUCAAGUGAGUUCAUCCUACAUGGAUUCACACAGUUCUCAUAUUUCACACAUACCUGCAUCAAAUUCUCAAACUGAAUAUCGUGGCCCACCAGAUAUACCACCUCCAAUAUCUUUUCCACCUCCAGUUGGACCUCCACCCAUGCUUGGUCCACCACCAAUGGCUGUUCCACCACCUAUGCAUAUCCCACCUCCAAUGUCAGGUCACCCUCCAAUGCAGGGUCCCCCUCCAAUGCAAAUGCCCCCACCAAUGCAGGGUCCCCUUCCACCACACAGAGAGAAUGAGUAUCCACCACCUGGUCCAUAUCCACCUUAUCAAAAUCAGUGGGCAAACAGUCCACAGUUUGAUGCCUCGAGAGGACCACCUCCACCAAUUAUUACACCUAGAGGACCACCACCUCCAAUCCCACCGAUAGGUCAAAGAGUACCUCCACCUCAACUGUUCAAUAAUAGUAUGCCCCCACAGCACAUAGGACCCCGGGGUCCACUACCUGGUCCUCCACUUUCUGGCCCACCACCCCCUACUUUUGAUGGACAGCGAUUUAAUGGGCCUCCACCACCUUUCAACUUCACCGGACCAAGAGGUCCUAUUCCACCUUUUACAGGUCCCCCUCCUGGCCAUUUUGAUAGUAGAGCACCACCACCAUCUCACUUCCCUGGUCCCAGGGCCCCACCUCCCUCUCACAGCAUUGGUGAGCAUGGACCACCACCUAACAUCCCCAGAGGGCCUGGUGAUCAGUAUGAUAAUGACAGUGGAAAUUCUUACCAGCAAGGGAUGGAACAGCCCCAGACCCAACCAGCUCCUCACACGUACAGGGACAAUCAGGGGCCCUCACAUGCACCUGCUUUCAGGGGAGCUCCACCAAACCAUUUUGAAGGACGAAGAGGAUCUGCAGGAGAAGUGUCGGGGCACAGGUUCCCUCCUCCAAACCAGUUCCGUGGAUCUCCUCAGCAUAGAGGAUCCUUCGAGGAACCGAGGGGAGGGGCCUCUCAAGAUUUCGAUAGGCACAGAGGACCCGCACCACAGCAGUUUGGAGCGCCAAGAGCUCCUCUGCCAGGACACUUUUCUGAUAAUGACGCAAGUGGGCAGUCGGCACGCUACCACUUUGAUGACCAUCCAAAUGACAUAAGGCCUAUACGGGGCCCUCUGUUGCCAACGCCCCCUGAAGGUCCCAUUCCGCUACCAGGCCGCAUUGGUGGGCACAGCCCAGAACCCCAUCGGGAUGAACACUGGAGAAGGCAUUCCCCUGAAAUGAGAAGGCGCAGUAGCUCCACUAAAGAUGGAUCUGAACCUCACGAGCGGUCGAGUAGGUUUGAUAGUGGCCCACGUGAUCGAGAUGGCCCCUCAAGGCUAUCUGAAGAAAGGCAGCGAGAUUUGUCAGAGGACAAGAGGCGAGACAGAGAUCGGGACGGGCCGCAUGGAGGCCGUCCAUGGGGCUGGAACAGAGACCGUGACUGGGAUCGGGUCAGAGAUAGAGACCGUGAGAGAGACCGCAGCAGGGAUAGAGACCGUGAGAGAGACCGCAGCAGGGACAGAGACAGAGACAGAGAUAGAGAUCGGGAUCGCAGCAGGGAGAAGGACAGAGAGAGAGACCGUAGUAGGGACAGAGAGCGAGAGAGAGACCGUAGUAGGGAGAGAGACCGCAGCAGAGGCAGAGACACUGACAGACACCGAGGAGAUGGAGACGGUGACAAGAGGAGAGACCGGGAUCGAGAGAGAGACCGUGGCAGGGAGAGGGAAUCGGACAGGAAAGAUCAUGACCGAGACAGGGCAAAGAACAGAGAAAGGGAGCGAGAUCGUGACCGAGAUCGAGACAGAGACAAAAGGCGAGAGCGCUCAAGAAGCCGGGAACGAGACCGUGGGAAAGACAGAGAUAGACGAGAUCGGGACAGAGAGCGUGACCGAGACAGAGAGAGGGAGAAGGACAGAGAGAGGAGAGAAAGGAGCAGGAGCAAAGACAGGAAGGAGGAGAAAAAAGAGAAGCCAGAGACCUCAAAAGACAAUGACAAGUCUACGGAUACUGAGAUCACGUCCUAGUUGUCUUGACAUCUUUCAUAUUCAAGAAUGUUUGACAGCCUUUGAUAACAGGAUUUUUUUUCCUAAAUGGAUUUGCAUGGAUUUGAAAGUAUUCUACAUGUGUAAUUUGAAGUCUUUUUCCCUCAGUUUACUGCAUAUUUUAUGCUUUUUUUUUUUUUUCCUUUUAUUACAUUCAAGGACUUUGAUCUUGAGAAUUUCAGUUAAAUAUCGUUAGAGGGGCAAUGUCAUACCAUGUCACCACAACAUCCUCCCUUCCUGUUAAAAUAUUUUAGGAAUACAUUCAAUAACGUUUAAUAAACAAAGACAUGUAAAUAUGUAUUUGUGUAUAUACAGGUUGUUUUUAAUUGCAUUUUUUCUAAGUAGAAAAGUGAAGCUUGUAUAGCUUAAAAAAAAGCCCUUCUCUGUAAGGUCUUUGUAUGUUGAAGCCUGUUUGGCACAGAAUGGCUGUAUCUGCAGGCUGUUGUCAGUCGAUUGGCUGCCCUUAAGGCCUGACAGGUUUUGUUUAAAUGUCUCGAUUAAAUUCCUCUUUGUAUGAUGCCUGUU